GGCAAGGAGGGAACGGCGUUUAUACGAUGCGUCUCCUAUUGGCGGUCGGCUUUCUUACCAGUCGGCUUUCUUUGUUCCCCAUCGUUCUUGUCGUCCGAGUGGCCGAGAUCGUAGGGUUUCAAGAGAGGAGUGAGAGAGAUUUUAGAGAGUUUCCCCCAAUUUCUAGAGGAUUUUUGGAGGAAUCGUUGGAAUCCGUGGUCGGAAAAGGAAUUUGCUCUCGACGAGCUCGCGAUCGAGAAGGGUCGUCUUUUCUUGCUGGUGCUGGUGCGCCAUUGGAUCGAUUUUGGAGGAGGAAUCGUGAUUUUUAGGGGUUCGAUUUUGGAUAACCUAUCAUGAGAAUCACGGUAUUGGACGACGGGGGAUCUGAGGAUUCUGGUGGUCGGGAGCUCGUUCCCGUCAAGGCGAAGAGGGUGCUGGUUGGGGCGGGAGGUAGGAUUCUCUUCUAUCCGACACUUCUCUACAAUGUCUUCCGGAACAAGAUGGAGGCGGAGUUCCGGUGGUGGGACGAAGUCGAUCAGUUUAUUUUGCUUGGCGCUGUUCCAUUUCCCAAAGAUGUACCCCGCCUUCAACAGCUUGGGGUUCGAGGAGUCAUCACCCUAAAUGAACCAUAUGAGACCCUAGUUCGAUCAUCCUUGUAUCAGGCUCAUGGGAUUGAUCAUCUAGUGAUUCCAACAAGAGAUUAUCUUUUUGCCCCUUCACUUGUGGAUAUCAGCCGAGCUGUAGAUUUCAUCCACAGGAAUGCAUCCCAUGGGAGAAUUACAUAUGUACACUGUAAAGCUGGAAGGGGACGUAGCACAACUAUUGUUCUAUGCUAUCUGGUGGAGUAUAAGCUCAUGACACCCACAGCUGCUCUGGAGUAUGUGCGAUCGAGAAGGCCUCGAGUGCUUUUGGCUCCCGCACAAUGGCGAGUUGUCCAGGAAUACAGCAAGCGCAAAUUAGAAUUCCCUGCAAUUCGAAGUCCAAGGCCAGUAUGUUCGCUCGCAGGCGAUGAAGUUUUAAUUACUGCAGCAGAUCUAGAAGGGUAUGGGAUGAGUGAGGAUGCUAGCAAUGAUCCCAGCCUCCCAUUGUGUAGGAUCAUUCGAACCAGAUCCAUGACUGCAAGGUCCAUGCCAACAAGCCCUCUCAGGGAGGAUGAAGUUUUGGUAACCGAGGCAGAUCUAGAAGGGUAUGACACCUAUGCAGAUGCUUAUAAAGAUACAAGUGUCUCGUCAAAUGGGAUUGUUCAGAUGAGUCCAAUGAUUAAGAGGCUAUCUUGCCUCUUUGCAUCCAAGUUUUCUGGGAGUUGCCAGCCAGCUGCGAGCCAGUUUGCUGAGGUUCGUGCUUGCUAGGUACAAACACCAACACCUAUCCGGAGUUUCUGUAAGGAGGUUGUAGGAAGAGAGAAGAAUAUAGAGCAGGAAUGUAAGUUUUUCUGUCGUAAUGGCAGAUUUACUAAGAGGAGGAUGGAGGUGACCACUGUGUCUGGAAUUCUGUUUCUGGUUGCCCAGAUUUUUUUUGACUUUAAGAUAAUUUCUGUAAAUCUCAUUAUCAAUUCAAUGUGGAUUUUUGUUGUUUUUUUGUUUUUU